UUUCUAUUGAGAUCACACAUAGACACUGGAGAGUCACAAGAAACAAAGCGGGUGGGUACGAUAACUUGUUCGUGAGUCUGGAUGUAGAAUGGAGAUGGUCCUCAUCUUCACCUUCUGCCUGAUUCUAGCUCGUACUGAUGCCGCAAUUACAGUAACUGGAUACAAAGGACGAUCAGUUCAGAUUGAAUGUUCCUAUGACUCUGGAUAUGAAGACUACAACAAGUAUCUCUGCAGAAGGGAUUGUUACAACUGGGACGUUAACGACAUUCCUGUUCAGUCUGAAUCUUCUGCUAAAGACCCCAGAUUCUCUCUGUAUGACGACACAACAGCCAAUGUCUUCACCGUCACCAUCACUGAUCUGAGAACAGAGGAUGAAGGCACCUAUUGGUGCGGGAUAGAUUGGAGAGGGCGUGAUAGUUACACAGAGUUCAAACUGAUCAUUAAAAUAGAUGAUCGUGUUCUCAGUACACAGUCCACACCAACCACCCACCCAACUUUAACACACAUUGUGACUUCAUCAGUGCAUACUGAGAGCACACUUCCACCAACAGAUUUUUCUACUAUACUUGUAACCCAUUAUGGUUACAUCAUGACUGGUGCAGGUGCUGUCUUGUUCGCUGUUGCUGUGAUUAUAGGAAUGUACUGCACACUAAAUCAUCUGAAUGGCUCUAAAACAGUCUCACAACUGUCCAGAGAGACAAAAGAAGGUCAAAAUGACUUAAAGCUACUUCAUGUCAAAGAAAGAGAAAAAACUUUACCGGAAUCGGUCUAUCAGGAUCUCGACCCAUCCACCAAACAGUCAGACUCAUUGUACCAUCAUGUGACUUUUACUAAUAACUAAUCUGAUUCAUAAAGAGCCUGACUUGAUAAGAUUCAGGACUGAUCUGAACCCAAAGCAAACUGUUUUGCAAAGAAGUGUUAAGUGUUUUCAACAUGUAUUUUUGAUUUUUGAUUGAUUGCCAACAGUCUGAUGUAUGUAUGUACUGUAAUAAUGCUUUCCAUUCUGUCUUUAAUUUAACUUGAUUCCAUGUGUGUUUUGUGAAAAAAACAACAACAUUGUGUUAAUUUUUUUGUUCUCAUAGCUUAUAAGUUAAAAGGUGUUUGGGGAUGGAAUGGCAUUUUAAAAAAUCUUUAAAAAGACACACACACACAUGUAAAUCCGUAUUGGUGUUGGAUUUCUACGUUAGAACAAAGCUGUGAAAUCAGAAUAUACACCAAUUAGUCAUAUCAUUUAUAUUAAAUUUCAACUUAAUUGAAUUUUGUUUAUAUAGCACUUUUAACCAUUUUCAUCGUGGCAAAGCAGCAUUAAGGAAUCAAAAUAAUUACAGAAGGAAAAUUUUACAGAGAAAAUCUUUAUAAAUUCUGCCUCCUGCUGUAAGGUUCAUAAUACAAGGUACUGACAAGAAGUCUGCAUACUUUGAGAGAAAAUCCACAAGUUCACAACGAGUAUGGGCCUGGUGGUCUGUUUAUUAAUACUGAGCAGAAUCAACUGGGCAGUCCAAUGAUUUGUGGUUAUACUUGUUAUGUUAGUAUAGAGAACUUCUAAUGCGUUUGAUUUGUGUUUAUGGUUUUGUAUGAUGGUCAGAUUAUCAUUAUAAAUAACUGUAAUGA